AUGUACCACGGGGGUCGAGCUAUCUGCAACAACUUCAGUGAUGCUGGUUGCAACAUGUCACAGUGCCGCUUUCUCCAUUUCUGCUCCUUCUGGGGAGGAGGCCAUGCACGCCUGACUUUCCACAUCAGACCCCUCGGCAUCGCAACUAGAAAGAAAUGCAUUAGAAUGGAUCUCUCAGCUUCCCAUGGUUGCACCAUCCCUAGCAUUAACAGCCUGAUCCCAAGCAAAGACUUUUCCCUCCACUACGCUAUUGUCAACCAUCCCAUAGCCCUCAUCAACUGUGCCAAGAAAGGGUCCUGGCUCUCUAAAGUGGACAUCACCAGUACUUCCAAGGUUCUCCCCAUUCUCCCUUUGGCUGUAAAACUCUUCAACAUCUUGUCGGAAGCCCUUUGCUGGAUCCUGUCGAACACCCACAACCUUCUGUUCCUUGAUGUCACCCCUCCCUCUUUGCUGGUGGCUUCUGGUCUCACUGCACUCACAUCAGUUUUCUCCAACCUAGGCAUCCCUUUGUCCGCGGAGAAAACCACAUCCCUUGAGUUCCUCGGUGUCAAUCUCAAUACAGAACUGUUUCAGGCCUCACUUCCAACUGAAAAGCUCAGUCACAUCAGCCUUUUGAUCUUGAAUUUUCUCCUUGCCUCGAGCUGCACCAAACAUCAGCUCCUUUCCCUCCUGGGCCACCUCAAUUUUGCACUCUGCAUCAUUCCCCAGGGGUGGGCCUUCAUAACUCACCUGUUAUCUAUCACUUCUUCUGUCACAUGGCUCUUGACCUCCAACUCUCUUGACACAUCAAGCCGUGCCGGGCUCCACUUCUGGCUAUAUCUCCUUGGCAACUGGAAUAGGAUCUCCUUCUAUGACGACCACCUGACUCACCCUCAUGACAUCAACCUGUUCAAUGACACAGCUCCAUCUGCUGGUUUUGGGGGCUUUUACAAAAGAAAAUGGUUUGUAGACGAAUUGCCCACAGAGCUGGAAAGAAAAUACCAGGUCACUUUAUCUUCUCUCUACAAGAUCUACCCCAUUAUAAUCAUUGCCACCUUUUGGGGCUACGAGUGGUGCCGCAAAUCUGUCCUCAUCUACUCAGACAAUCUCGCAGUCGUUGAUAUCAUAAACAAAGGUUGCUCCAACUCCCCAUCUAUCAUGCCGUUCUUGUGUCAGCUAACCUGGCACUCCUUCACACACCAGUACAUUCUCUGCACAGCUCACGCUCCAGGCCACUUCAAUGCUAUCGCUGACUCACUCUCUCGUUUCUCUUUUCAGAAGUUCAGAAGCUUGGCCCCUUAUGCAGACAAACACCAAAUUCCGGUUCCUCCAUAUUCGGCCUUGACUUUCAACAUUUAA